UCUCAGUCUCAGCUCAGAGGCUACUUUCGCCCCCACCACCGCCAUUCCACCCCCCCCUCCCCACCUCUUAGCAUAAGCACAUUCACAUAUGCCUUCGCACGCGUCGAGUCGCCUCAUCCGUCUCGAUAGAGCCGCCGACUUCAGAGUGCACCAGCUAGCCAGCCAGCCAACCAGCCGGCAGGAGAGAAACGGAGCGGGGGGGGUCGGGUGACAAAAGCAGAAGGGAGGGAGCAAUAGAAAGAAGGGGUACGAAUCCACUGAAUAAAACACAACGCAGGAGAAAGGAAAACAUCCUGCGAGUCAAAAAAGGGGGGAGGGGGGGGCGAACAAAAAAAACAAAAAACGAUCUCCAUCACGUGGAUGAAGGACUACAAGAAAAGGAUGCUUUGAAUGCCGGAGGAAGAGGGGAGAGCGGGACGCAAAACACAGCGGGGGCACAACCAGGAAUGAAUGGGAGUCCUGCUUGCUUGCCGCACGCACUCGGUGACAAGAGCCGCCGCACGCUGAAGUCGCUGAAAAGCACGCCAAACUCCUCUCGGGAGUUCGUCUGUCGCCUUCGGCGUGAUUUUCACGUCGUUUGAGCACCCACGAGCAAGCUCGUCUCUGUUCUCCGGGCGGCACCAAUUAAGGCGGGCUGGAGCCGGGGCGAGUUGUGACAGAAUUGGACGACACAACCAAGGCGAAGAGCAAAAGGGACGACGACGACGACGGCGCAGGGAGGAGGAGGGGCCUGCGGGUGCAACAGACACAAGCGGAGGAAAACCGGUAAUGCAGAGCCUCAAAACCGAUCCCGGAGAUGUCGAAGAGAAGAGAUAUUCUUGCCAUCGUGUUGAUCGUGCUACCCUGGACUCUGCUCAUCACAGUUUGGCACCAAAGCGCCAUCGCGCCGUUCCUCGCCAUCCAUAAGGCAUGUCACCACCUAGUAAAAGAGAUCUUUAUCAUUCCAGAGAGGCUUGCGGUGCGCCACCGGCUCUCAGGUGACGGUGUUGAGGGCAAGAGGGCAGGAGGCCAGGCAGGAGACUCCAAGGAAUACUGCGCCUCAGAUAAGGACAUAGUGGAGGUGGUGAGGACCGAGUACGUGUACACCCGGCCACCGCCUUGGUCUGACGUUCUGCCCACCAUCCACAUCAUCACGCCCACGUACAGCCGACCGGUGCAAAAGGCCGAGUUGACGCGGCUGGCUAACACCUUCCUCCACAUUCCCAACCUGCACUGGAUUCUGGUAGAGGACUCCCAAAGGAGGACGCCCCUCGUCACGCGCCUCCUCCGAGAAACGGGCCUCAACUACACUCACCUAAAUGUUGAGACGCCCAGAAACUAUAAGUUGCGCGGGGACACCAGGGACCCUCGAAUCCCCCGCGGGACCAUGCAGAGGAAUCUGGCACUCCGCUGGCUGAGGGAGACCUUCAAUGCAAAUAGCACCCAAGCUGGAAUCGUAUACUUUGCUGACGAUGACAAUACUUACAGUCUGGAGCUCUUUGAGGAGAUGAGAUCAACUCAGAAAGUGUCCGUUUGGCCCGUAGCCUUCGUGGGCGGCCUGCGCUACGAGUCCCCCAAGGUCAACGCGGCCGGGAAAGUGUACGGCUGGAAAACGGUGUUCGACCCCAGUCGGCCCUUUGCCAUCGACAUGGCCGGCUUCGCCAUCAACCUGAGGCUCAUCCUCUUCAAGCCGCAGGCGUACUUUAAGCUUCGCGGGGUGAAGGGAGGCUACCAGGAAAGUAGUUUGCUGCGGGAACUAGUCACACUCAACGACCUGGAACCCAAAGCCGACAAUUGCACUAAGAUACUUGUUUGGCACACGAGAACAGAGAAGCCCAUCCUCGUAAACGAAGGGAAAACACAAUUCACAGACCCAAAUGUGGAGGUUUAACCAUUUCUUCCACAUCUCCUGCAAAACGUCUGUCAUCGGAGUUCCGGAUAUGCAUUGAUGAAGAUUGCCUUCGAGGUCCAUGAUAUAAGACAUUUUCCAAGAAACGGACAAAGCCGUGGCGAUGUCGUAUCGCAAAGCACAGAAUGGCGACAGGCGGCUUUUAUUUCAGAGGUGUGUGAAAGGGACGUCGUCGAGGACGCCUCACUGGGCAGUGGGGGUGUCUCGGUGAUGACAACCUGCCGAUAAGACAGCACAAUUUCAACCAAGUCAGGUACGAGAGGGGGCACGUCACCGGAAAAAAAAAAAAAGGAAAAUGUGGGAAAUUCUACCAAAAUGAAGGACAACGACGUGACACGGACGAUGCGUCUUUUGGAUUUUACUCCGAACAAAACACUGGAAGGGAUGAAAUGUUGUUUUUUUUUUAUAACAAUGUAAUGUUUGCUUUAAUUUAAUUGAAUUUCUUUCGCUGUUGACAAAACUACUGACCCGUGCAUUGACGUUGACUCCUGGUUUACAAGAACGACAUGCAUUUUAUUUCGAAUGAACACUUGAAGAUUCCGCAGUUGGAAAAUGUACAUGAUUUAAAAAAAAAAUGCACUUAAUUCCUUAGCACUUCAAUACACUGAUGGUAUUUCUUUGUAAUCACUUGUGUAAAUAGAAAUUCUUAACGGGAGCAAUCAGGAAGUGUUGAAAAUGUGUUGUAACGACUGUAUUUAUGUUGGUGCAUUCCCAAAAAAAAUGAUCGCACGGUCGAGUUUUUUUUUUUUUUUUUGGGUCAGAGGUGCAGUUUGUGUUGAAAAAUCAAUGCUGAAAAGACAAUUUGUGUCAUUUUUAUUGACAUCGAGCGUUCCCGUUCUUCAGUGCGCGGCCAUCUACCGUAUAAACGUACACAAACACAGCCGAAGUCAUCAUCAAUAAAUUCUGUGGAAUCGUUUCAAGACAUCUUAAGGCAACCGAGGCGAAUCGGAGUUUGCUGUUCAUUCACUCUAAAGUCGUUGGACAAGCUGAGCGUGGCUGCGUUAGGGCACAACUCCAAGGCGUAAUUAAUCUCGUCAUUACAACAACUUGCUUGGAAAACCGAAGUUCUGCACCUUCGGAGAUCGCUUCUCGAUGAAUAAAUAAAUCCGUAAUCAAGGACGUGUAGUUAUUCCGUAGCUAGUGGAAAGGUAUGCAAAAAAUAUAUAUACUUGUCAAAUGUCAUGCUUGCAACAUUCUCCACUAGCGAUGGCAAUCACUACAUUGUCCCUUUUUAAAACCACUUUUUAAUUACCAAAAAAAAAAACAAAGCCAUUCACGUCCACAAAAAAAAACGUCUAUAUUUUUUGGUCACGUCACUCCAAAACAUGUUUUUUUUUUAAAUUUUAUUUUUUAUUAAUUUGGCUUACUUAUCAUGCAGAAUCUGACUACAUUUGCUUUGGGGAAAAGCAUCAUUGUAAAAUGGUCCAAGCUCUUUUCCUCGAAGGUGUCUAUGGUCCAGGUCGCCAAAAGGACGCCUCACUGAGUCUUAAAUAGAAGAACAUACGCUUUCAUUUGUGGCGUCUAUGAUUUGAAAAAUCCCAAACGAUGUAUCGCGGUCAUCUGAAGCGUAGGUGAGAAUAGAGAAAUCAUUUGUCUGAACGCAUCCUUCAUGAUCUCCUUUUUUUUGACGAUGUCGCGCGUGAACUCAACUAUCGACGCCGGCAGCUGUUAUUAAGCCGCUCUGGACGGCGAUAGUCAUAUCUGCGUACGUUUUCAACUUGAUAAAUCCGAGCUUAUCUGAACGGCGUCAGGCAGAAGCAAUUGGAGACGAUUCAGCGCGGCAAGAGGAGAGCGCAUAGAAAUGGGUCCGGUCUAAAUAAUAUAUAUAUAUAUAGACUACAUCAAGAUACUGUCUUAGAAAACGACCAAAUUCAUCUUCCUGGCUGCUUUUAUUUACUGCAGGAUUGCGUAGCGGGUCGACCAUUUUGCCUCUUGCAGUUUGAGACGCUGUUUGUUUUUAUUCCGUUUUUAUUUUUGCGUCUUAUAUUGAGGUACGGGUGUGCAAUAAAAAAAUCAUACAACUGUCUGCCCACGAAUGAAACGGCAGACACGCGUCCUGUCAUCCACCAACCGGAUCGUCAUGUGAACAAAUACGUAAUCAGCAAUAGUAGAUGAAAAUGAUUUUUAAAGUUUUGGAAUCAUCCGGAAUCCAAUUGUGCCGUUAACCAGCAGCUUACGGAAAACCCCACCGGCACGGAAGCGCGACGGCUUUUUCUAUCUGGAAUGUCACUUGAGAAGCAUUAACAAGCCCCUCUCAAGGGCUUCGAAGGCACAAAAGACUUCCACUUAAGCCCUCCGUUGGUCCCCCUCAUCUUCACAGUCAUCCUCAUGUGAAUCACACUUUAUGCAUGGGACUCUUUAAGGUUGUCCGAUUGCCUCUGCGAGUUUGUCUCAAAAUGGAAGAUGGUCGUUCAAGAAUCAAGAAAAAUAAACAACAACAUCAACUUGA